AUGACUCCGCUGUGUAGGAAUGCAAUGCUGUGCAGGAAUGCUUGUGGUAGGGUAAUGGUUGGAGAGCAUCGAAGUGUAUAUCUUACAACAGUAAAGCAGCAGAGUAGUAGGCCACGAUUUCCAUUCUUCAAUAAACAUAUGAAAGUGACUGAUCCAGCUCGUCAAAAUGCAGAUCAUUUCGAAAAAGUAGCAAAUGAAGUACCACUCGAUGAACGGUAUGUGGAUACGCUAACCGUUUUAUGGAAAGAAAAGAUAGGAAGCGAACGAGAAGUAAUGUUGAAAGAAAUUGACGAGAAUUCACCGAAAGCUAAUUAUGCAACAUUGGACUGGGAAGGAAUACCAGAAUCGGUGAAGAAGAUUUUCAGCAUUAAAUUUGGCGAAAGGCGAGAUUACUCAGAUGCAUGGAAAAAGGCUUUGAUUGAGAAAGUACAAAAGCAUGAACUCGAUAUGAACUCAUUAGAAGUGAAAAUUGCUUGGACAACUGGUAUAAUACGUUCGUGGACUUUGCUAGUAAAAGAAAUAGAUAAUAAACCAAAGAAACCAGCUCAUAUCGUACAUCCUCUUCACUUGAUGAUAGCAUUUCGUCGAAAACUGUUGCGGCAGUUACGCGAAGUGGAUACAGCAGCUUUUGAAAAAGUGUUAUCGGAAUUAAAAAUCGCUUAUCAUGUACCGAAACGUCCGGAGGAGCAGAUUGAAAAAAGACGAAAAGCGUGGGUGGAAGCUCUGUUGAAGGAAAGAAUUGCGAGGGAAAAAGAUAAUAAAAUGGAGCAGCUAAACAUGAAAUUUAUUGCUGAACGCAUACAGUUUGGACCUGAAAUAAAAAAGCGUCUAGAAGAAUUGGACGUUGAAGAAACAAAAAUCAACGCACGUCUGAAAGAACUUGCAGGGAUUCAAGGGGAAAUGCCGAAAAAACUACCAAAAUAUCAACCGAAGUUGAUAGAAGAAUUAUCAGAAAUAGCAGCUUAUGCAAUUUUAUAUCAUUAUCCCUGA